UGCGCCAAUGUGCGGACGCUGCGGGGGGGCGGAGUCUCUCCGGCGGUCACACAGCGUGUGUCACCUGCUAGCCUGUCAAAUGAAAUCUCGAUUGUUUCAGCGUGCCUCUCGCUCCAGUCGUGUUUUAUCGGGAAGGACGGUGGUCCGCGGACAGGAACACCAGCAGACAUGUCGUACUGCAAGCAGGAGGGUAAGGAUCGGAUCAUCUUCGUGACCAAGGAAGACCACGAGACCCCCAGCAACGCUGAGCUGGUAGCAGAUGACCCCGACGAUCCCUAUGAGGAGCAGGGCCUGAUUCUGCCCAGCGGAGAAAUAAACUGGAACUGCCCCUGCCUGGGCGGCAUGGCCAGCGGACCCUGCGGCUCUCAGUUCAAGGAGGCGUUUUCCUGCUUUCACUACAGCAAGGAAGAAGUGAAGGGCUCCGAGUGCAUCGAGCAGUUUCGCGGCAUGCAGGAGUGCAUGCAGAAGUACCCCGACCUCUAUCCCCAGGAGGAAGACAAAGGAAGCUCCUCCCAAGCCGAAUCGGGCUCUGCUGCUGCUGCUGACGGCUCUGCCUCAUUGUCCGAGAAUGACUCUGCUGCAGAGGCGUCGCCUGGUUCACCAGACAGCGUGUCGCUUGCAGACAACCAGGCGGCUAGCUAAAGCCAGUCGCAGAGGGACUCUUGUUGAGCCUUGGAAGGCUCGGAACAGCUGAUGGUCAUUUUACGGAACAGCGGAGGACUUGAGAGAGUGCAAGACAAAAAAAAAACACUGAAAGGUAGUCCCCGUGUCUUGAGCAGGGGCUGAAGUUGGAAGUCUCUCAUUUUCUAUGCAACAGCAGUUUAUGUGAGCUAAUCGGGAGCACUAUUUUUAAAAACAAUUACCUAAAAUCCAAAGUGACAUUGGUUUGAGCUAUAAUAGCUUGAUGUUUUAACAGUAGUAUCCCCCCCCCCUCACCCCAGCCAGACAUGUUUCGAUGUGUAACAUCAACGCUUUAUUGUCGCCUGAGACCAAAAUACGUGGAACAAGAAGAGCGUGGCUGCUGUAAACCGUCACUGUGAUGUAUGUGUUCUGAUGUUUCUGAGUAGAAACCUCCGUCCCUGCCUAGAACAGCAGGCGACGACUGUGCGGCGUCGUUAAUGGUCCUGCUGUCCAAACUGAACGUCAUGGUGGUUUGUGAAGUCCCCAUCAAGAUUUCAAGGUGUCUUGGUGUUAGUGAAAAAAUAAAUUCUGUGUUAAAGCGCU